CCGGAAGCUCGGCGAUUCCGCGGCGCCUGCCAGUUUGGGGUCGCCGGACCCCGGCGGGCGAUGGGCCCCGCGGGCACCUGGUGGAGCGCCACGUGGGUGCUGGCCGGGGGCGUCCUGGUGGCGGCUUUGGCGCUGGGGGCCCGAGGCUGGCUCCCCGCGGGCCCGGGUCCCCUCCGGCACCCCAUCGGCGCGCAGCCUCCCCGCGCACUGCCCUCGGCGCGCCGGGCUGGGCCCUGCGCAGGGACCCCUUCGGCCCCGAGCAGGGCGGGACCCGAGCGCUCGGCGCAGGACCCGUUCCGUAUGAGGCUGCACUCGGAGGGCUCUCACCUGAAGACUGCAGAAUCACCACCUGCAAUGAAAUCCAACAAGAACACUGAAGUCUUCUGCCCAGUCCCGACCUCUACAGCCUCCCCGGAGCUGUGGACUCAUUCCUUAUUUGCGUUCAUACCAUCGUGGCCCAAGAAGAACCUCUUUAAGAGAGAGUCUCCUGUAACGCCUCGCCUGUAUGGAGAUAUUUCAAGAGAAAUUCAAGGGACUUCAGAGAAUGGAGUAAUUUUUCAGAAAUGUGCACUGGUUUCCGGGCAGAGUGACGCACAGACAGUGCAGGUGCGACUGUUCGUGAACAACACCAAGACGCCCUGGUCAACCGACCUCUCGGAACUGCUCGUGCUAGACAACAUCACCGGCCUCACCAUUAGGGAGUCGGUGGGGAAUAAGACCCAGGAUGGAUUCCAGGCUUUCAGAAAGAAGUUUCUGCAAGUUGGAGACGCCUACUGGGUGAGCUACACGGCCUCGCUGGACUCGGAAGCUGUGGGGCCGGGAGGGAGGCUGACCCUGCCUGCACAGCUCACCUUUCAGAGCACCUCACCGAGCAGAACGCAGCUGAAAGCCCUCCUCACCGUGACAGCAGAGGAGAAGGUAACGGUUCUACCCAACCAUGGUCUCCACGCAGCCGCCUUCUUCUCUGCCUUCCUGGUCUCCCUGGCGCUGAGCUGGAUGGUGCUCUUCCUCCUGGCGAGAUUCCAGUGUCUACAGGGAGGUGUGCUUACCAGACGCGGGGUUCAGCGCCCGGAGAGCAAGCUGGAGCCCUCGCUGUUCACCUCGGCUGGCGGCGUGAACGAGGACCUUUCUCUCAACGACCAGAUGGUGGACAUCCUGACCUCUGAGGACCCCGGGAGCAUGCUGCAGGCCUUGGAAGAGUUGGAGAUCGCGACCCUGAACCAGGCAGAUGCAGAUCUGGAGGCGUGUCGAACCCAGAUCAGCAAGGAUGUCAUCGCCCUUCUGCUGCGGAGUCUGGCCAGCAGCGGCCACCUUUCCCCUCAAGUGGAGAGGAGGAUGGCUGUCGUUUUCAGGAAGCAGUUUCUACUCCUGGAAAAGGAGGUACAAGAAGAGUAUGACCGGAAGAUGUUGGCCUUGACAGCCGAGUGCGACCUGGAAACCAAAAAGAAGACGGAAAACCAGUGUCAGAGGGAGAUGUUGGCCAUGGAGGAAGCAGAGGAGCUGCUGAAGCGAGUGAGCGAGCGGCCCGCUGCCGAGUGCAGCAGCCUCCUGCGGACCCUCCACGGCCUGGAGCAGGAGCACCUGAGGCGCGUGCUGGCUUUGCACCAGGAGGAGGACCUCGCCCGGGCUCACAGGCAGCUGGCCGUCUUCCAGAGAAAGGAAUUGCACAGUAUCUUUUUUGCCCAGAUAAAAAGUGCUAUUUUGCAAGAGGACCUGAAGCCGGAGGCCGCUGAAAUGCUGCUGCGAGAUUAUUCUAAACUGCAGGAGAAUGUGGAAGAGCUGAUGGACUUUUUCCAGGCGACUAAGAGGUAUCACCUAAGUAAGAGAUUUGGCCACAGGGAGUACCUGGUCCAGAACCUGCAGUGCACCGAGACCCGUGUGCAAGGCCUUCUGAGCAUGGCGGCCGCGCAGCUGACCCAGCUCAUCCAGAAACACGAGAGGGCAGGAUACCUGGAUGAGGACCAAGUGGAGGUGCUGCUGGAGCGGGCGCAGACCGAGGUCUUCUCCAUAAAACAGAAGUUGGAAAAUGACCUGAGGCAGGAAAAGAAGAAGCUCCACCAGAAGUUGGUGACCACCAGAAGACGAGAGUUGCUGCAGAAGCACAAGGAGCAGCGCAGACAGCAGCUGUCCACUGGAGAUGCCCUCCGGGCUGCCGAAGACGCCGGCCAGUACCUGGGCCAGUGGCGGAGCGUGGUGGCGGAGCACAGCGCUGCCCUGGAGGAGCUGCAGGAGGGCCUGGACCAGGCGGCCCUGGACGACCUGCGGGCGCUGACCCUGGCGCUGUCCGCGCGGGCCGCCGAGGCGCUGCGGCGCCUGCAGAGCUCAGCCCUGACGCAGGAGCUGCUCAAGCGCAGCGUACCCUGGCUCUUCCUGCAGCCGCUCCUGGAGGAGCAGGGCCGCGAGGCGGCAGCCCGGGCCGCGCAGCUGGAGGCCGAGGAGAGGGAGCGCGGCCAGGAGGGCGUCCAGAGCGUGAGGCAGAGGCUGAAGGAUGGCGCUCUGGAGGCCUCCGUGGAGGAGCAGGCGGAGCUGAGGCGCUGGGAGCACCUGAUCUUCCUGCGGCUCUGCUGCUUGGCCUUCUCGCUGUCGGAAGAGGAGCUGCUCAGGAUGAGGCAGGAGGUCCAGGGCUGCUUCUCCCAGAUGGACAGGAGCUUGGCCCUACCCAAAAUCCGGGCCCGUGUCCUGUCGCAGCAGUUUCAGACCUCCUGGCGGGAAGCAGAGCUCCUGAAGUUGGACCAGGCCCUGGCUGCCCCCGAGCUGCAGUCCAAGACGAGAAAGCCACGGCCCAAGAAUAAAAGCAGAGUAGACCUUCUGAAGAAGUGCCUCCAAGACAAGAUCCGCCUUUUCGAGGAGCCGGCCCCUGAAGACCUGGUUGAAAAGGUGCGAGGGGAGCUGCUGCGGGAGCGGGUGCAGCAGCUGGAGGCCCAGGAGGAGUGCUUCGCAGAGUCGCUCGUGGCUCUGCAGUUCCAGAAGGCGGCGCGGGCCACCGAGACCCUGUCGGCCCUCACGGCCCUGCUCAGCAUCCAGGGCUUGCUGCUGGAGGAGCUGAGCGAGUCGGAGACCCUGAGCAAGCAGGCCUGCGACCAGAUCCUGGAGUCCCACCGCCCGGAGCUCCAGGAGCUGGAGAGGAAGCUGGAGGACCAGCUGGCCCAGCAGGAGGCAGCCCAGCAGCAGCGGGCCCUGGCCAGCUGGCAGCACUGGGUGGCCGGUGGGCCCGGGCUGAGCGAGCCGGGGGAGGAAGAUCCUGAAAGACCAGUCUCGGCUGUCCUGCAGCAAGCCCUGAGCAGGGGCCGGACGCUCCUGGAGAUCCAGCAGCAGAGUCUGAGAGAGGAGCAGCAGAGCAGUGUCGUGCUGGAGGAUUUGCUGGAAAACUUGGAGAUGGACACCUUUGUGACCCUGUGCAGCCAGGAGCUGAGGCUGGCCUCUUACCUCUCCAAGAUGGCCAUGGUGCCCGGGGCCGCGCUGCGCCGCCUCCUGAGUGUGGUGCUGCCCACAGGCUCCCAGCCCCAGCUGCUGGCCCUGCUGGACUCGGCCAGUGACAAGCACUCGGACCAUGCGGCAGACGCGGGCAGCGGGGAGCCGGCUGACCUGGGCAGGAGGAGGAAACACCAGGAAUGGUGGCAAGCCUUGGAAAGGAAACUUCGAGGAGAGCUGACGGGCAAAGGCCUGGCGAAGAUGCACUGGGCCCAACAGAGGAAGGCCAGCAUAUUAAAGAAGACGUAUCUCCCCAUCAGGGAGAGGAUCGUGUUCUCCAGGGAAAGUUGGCCACACCUGUCCCUGGAGCCCAUUGGCGAACCUGCCCCUGUCCCCGUUGUGGGUACAGAAGCCCCUGACGUGUUGAACACAGGUGAAAAGCUCUUUAUAUUCAGAAACCCAAAGGACCCAGAGAUCUCGCUGCACAUCCCUCCCAGGAAGAAGAAGAACUUCCUGAAUGCCAAGAAGGCCAGCAGGGCCCUGGGCGCGGACUAGGGAGGCCCGCGUGUGCCUGCUGAUGGGACGCUCGGCUGCAGCGGCUCCGUUCCCAUGCAGAAGACGCGGGUCCCCGGCACACGCUGCCCUCAGUCACCAUUCAGUGUGGUCUCACGCGCUUCCGUUUGGCCCACUCUCUUUCGCACCUCGAGGACGUGGACACUCCUUCCUCUCGGCCCCACGUCAACAGGGACCUGAAGGAGACUCUGCCUCCCGCUCACACGCCGGCGCCGGCUGAACGUCGUCAUCUGGGUUGGACGGGCCUCUCUGUUCUCACGUUUUGUGUUCACUACAUUUUCUGGUUUUCUAAAGGGAACCUUUGAAAAUAAAUAUAUUUU